CAGAAGAACGUCUCAGAGUAAUGGCUUCAGAAGCGGCGACCUCUAACGGCAAAACUGAUGAAACCCAUCCAAAAGAAAACGACGUGUGGAAAGAAGGAUGGUUAUUUAAGAAAACGCACUACACCGGGCGCUGGAAAUUGAUAUGGUUUCAUAUCAGAGAAGAUGGGCAGCUUAUCUAUGGUUGUAAUGAAAAGUCCGCAGAAAAGGCCAUUAAUCUGAUUGGAGCAAGAGUGAAGAUGCUGGAGGAUUAUGAUGGGCCAUUAGGCUGGGAAAUCACACCAAAGGACAGCAAACGCACCUUCAAGCUGCGGGCCGGGGGAGCAGAAGAGCAGCAGGCGUGGGUGACCGCCAUAUGUGAGGCACAGCUGAGCUCAGAACAGCACAGCGCCAAAGCAUGUGUUGUGCAAUAGACCCAUGCUUCCCACCAUAGAGAUUUUAUAGUUUUCUACAUCAUAUUGUUUUUACUUUCUUCUUGAAAUGUCUAAGAAAGAUGCUCUUCUGAUGUAUAAUCCAGACACGCAAUCUUUAUUUUUAA